AUGUCGACCACUCCUCAAAAGGUUUUGAAGGGCGACCGCAAGAAGAAGUUUCUGAAGCGAGUACCCUCCGUGGGCGGCGACUCUUCGGCCGCCUCUACCACUGCGGGUUCACCUUCUCAGUGCAGUCCAUUCGAGACCAGAUUGCCACGUCCGGACAUACGCAUUCGCUACGCGUACGAAGAGAAUGCUGCAGUAUUUCUGGCGCUCGCAUCUCGCUACUUCAUUCACCCCGGCAUGUCUGUGGAGGCACCCCGGCAAACUGGCCCGGAACCAGGACGGUUUGUCCCGUUGCAUGGCGGCAACCACAAUUCAGGACGCGCUCUGGGCGAUUUGGGGCACCCAGUUCCAGGACAGGCUCCGUGGGCGGCGUCUCUUCCGCAGACGUCGUGGGUGAAGUUCUUUGGCAAUCCCGAGGCACCUGCGUACUUUGCGGAGAAGCUCGGCUCCAUGUUUCGAUGCCAGAAACCGGCCUAUGUGCUUGCCCUUCGCUACAUUCAGCGCUUGGCCCGCAAGGAGUUGUUGCCCGGCGGCGCCCUGUGUCGUGUCGUAUGUGCCAGCUUGGUCGUUGCCGUGAAGUUUUUCGACGACCUCUACUACACCAAUAAGUAUUACGCACAACUGCUGGAUUUGAACCCGGCCAUACUGAACGAGUUGGAAUCCGAGCUGCUCAAACGCCUUGACUUCCGUUUGGAUGUGGCUCCCGAGGAAUACAAAGCCAUCGACACCAUGUUUGAAGAGGAACGAUACAUCGUCUGCGCCCAGGCCAGGAGACCCAUACUCUGCAAUCUCACGACCAAGCAAAACGGCCACCUCUGCGAUGCCAUCAUUUCUGCAAAUACUUUUGGACUUCCGUAUGCGGCCGUCUCAGCAAGCAAGCAGACAGUUGAUAUACUCGCUGCUGCCUUGGUCGCUAGGGAAUUCGGCGAAUACAGAUUCCAAACCGAGGAGGAAUUCCUUCGGGUCAGCUCCCUGACAUCCAAAGCCAAGCACAUCCACGACCUCCAAAAGCAGUUCAGAGAAGAUUAUCUUAAGUCCCUUAAACCACGACGAGGUCACUAA